UGUACUAUAGGUCUGGCUGGGAGUUUCGAAGAGAACGGCGGAAGCUUGCGUCGCGAACUCUGCAGGAAGCACUGAAGCUGCUUGUUUGGAUAUCGCAGUGCGUGCGUGUGUAUAACCCACGGACCCAAAGGGUGGCCCUCCGUAUCGCCUGUGGUGAACGGGAAGAAAUCGUCCAGAUAUGGGACAGUGCUGUGGGAAAGCGCCCAAGGAUGACGCCCAAGGCACUAUGCCCGGGAACGUCAAUGGUGAAACUAAGACAGUGUCCACGGUGACGGACUCGUCUGGUAAGGUGACCACAACGACAACGACGAGACGGAUGGUUUCGUCGACGGGUCAGCUGUCUGAGUUUAAGGACGUGCAACUGGACGACAAGGGUGGUGUCACCACAGUCCGAAAGAUUGUCAAACGCACAAUCGUCCGGCAGCCUGAUGGGUCUGAGAAGGUCAUUGAGGAAGUCACAGUGGAAGGGGACCCGAAGCUUCUACCAGACUCAGGGAGUAACAAAGGGAGAACUAGCAGCACCAGUCUCCUGAGGACCACACUGGGAUCGCAGGGUGGCAUGACGAAAGCACCAACACCACAGCCGCCUCAAAUCAUUGGAGGUCAAGUAAAGGCCACCGACAAGCAGUUUAGAGAGGAAUGCCUCAAACGACAUAACUUCCACAGGGCUAACCAUGGCGUGCCUCCUCUCAAGCAUAGUGAUCAGCUGACUAAAGUUGCUCAAGACUGGGCCGAUACCUUGGCGAAGCGCGAUAGAUUUGAGCACCGGCCCAACAAUUCAUACGGAGAGAAUAUCUACAUGUCCUGGUCGUCGGAUCCCAACAAGGAAGUCGCAGGAGGGGACGCCGUUGACUCUUGGUACAGCGAGAUCAAAGACCAUACCUUCGGCGUAGAACCACGCACCCUCGCAUCUGGUCAUUUCACUCAGGUCAUGUGGAAGGGCAGCACAGAAGUGGGCACCGCUCGAGCUCGCAGCGCCACGGGAAAGAUUCUCGUCGUUUCCAACUACAGUCCAGCCGGGAACGUCGUUGGACACUUCGCCGAAAACGUUCCACCCCCGCGAAAGUGAUACAAGCUCAAUUGCCUCAUAGGCAAAGUUAUCCAGGUUUACGCGCAGCAUUUUAUAACUUUUUCUUGAUAUAUUUUUCUUGGCAUCAUAAUUUUAGCAAGUUUGCUUGCGCAAGAUUACUCGCCCAAUUAUGAACAAUACUGGCAUGUCUCUGGGCGAGCAUUCCGUAGUGAUGGCGAGAGGUUAAUAUUCCAGAAUGUAUAUAUGGUCUUUAGCGAUCAGUUUGUACGUGUUGCGGGCAACUGCUACAUUCCGCAGCAAGGGGUCAACACAUUAUUUUCCUUAUUGUGCAGUAUUACGCAGACCAAGAAGAAAAUUAAAGGAAGUUAUUUAUUCA